CACUCAUCUUCCUCCCUCACUAACACUCUCCAUUUUUCUCACUGCGUUUCUCUCUGAAAAACUCUACCUUUCUACUCGCCGGCAAAACAGAAGGGAAGAGACGAUGGCCAGUCGGACUCAGGCUCACCAGCUGAGUAAUGGGUUGUUCGUAUCGGGGAUGCCGGAACAGCUGAAGGAGAGGCUUCCGGUAAUGUCGUCACGAGCAGUGCCGUAUACCGGUGGUGAUGUAAAGAAAUCCGGGGAGCUAGGUAAAAUGUUUGACAUCCCGGUGCUCGACGGCCCUACUUCCAAUCCCAACUCCAAGCAACUACCGCAACCGUCGCGCGCCUCUGCUUCUUCUCAGCCCAGUAGUGGAUCAGUACGAUCCGGGCCUAAUUCUGGGUCGAUCAGGAAGUCCUCUGGGCCCAUGCCGCUCCAGCCAACCGGACUCAUCACCUCCGGUCCCCUGAGUUCCGGUCCGAGGAGGUCGGGACAGCUGGGUCAGGCGGAGCAAGCUGGUCCAGUGCCAAGUAAGGUCGGGUAUGGACCGGCUGUGACGAGUCUCGAGGAUGAUGUCAGGGUGGGGUUCAAGGUGUCGAAGGUGGUAGUAUGGGCAGUGAUGGUGGUGGUUUUGAUAGGGUUAUUAGUGGGGGCGUUCUUGGUGGUAGCGGUGAAGAAGAUGCUGGUUCUUGUAGUGGUGGCGGCGGUACUGGGACCCAUGAUGGUGGGGUUGGUGUGGAAUUGUGUUUGGGGGAGGAGAGGGUUGUUGGGGUACGUCAAGCGCUACCCUGAUGCUGAACUUAGAGGUGCCAUUGACGGGCAGUACAUCAAAGUCACUGGGGUUGUUACUUGUGGCAGCAUUCCUUUAGAGUCCUCUUACCAGAGGGUGCCAAGAUGUGUAUAUGUUUCCACAGAAUUGUAUGAGUAUAAAGGAUGGGGAGGAAAGUCUGCAAAUCCUAAGCAUCGUUGCUUCUCCUGGGGAUGUAGGCAUUCAGAGAAAUAUGUUGCUGAUUUUUACAUAUCAGAUUUCCAAUCUGGUUUAAGAGCAUUAGUUAAAGCGGGGUAUGGGGCUAAGGUUGCUCCAUUUGUCAGACCAGCUACUGUGGUUAAUGUGACAAAAGAAAACCGAGACUUAUCUCCUAGCUUUCUACGCUGGCUAGCUGAGCACAGCCUUUCCAGUGAUGACCGUGUAAUGCGUCUAAAAGAAGGUUAUAUUAAGGAAGGAAGCACUGUAAGUGUAAUGGGGAUCGUUCGACGCCAUGAUAAUGUCCUGAUGAUUGUCCCAUCAUCAGAGCCCAUCUCUACAGGUUGUCUGUGGAGUCGCUGCCUCCUCCCAACAUAUGUUGAAGGUCUUAUUUUGACAUGUGAUGAUAGUCAGGAUGGUGAUGUUGUCCCUGUGUAGUUAUCUUCCAUUCCGUCUUUAUUUUGUUUGCAACUGGAUGUCACAAGAAAUACUAUAACGGUGAACAAUGUUGGAUAUGUCACGCCGAGAGCUUCCUGUUAAGCUUUCUCUCUUUCCCGGUUAUUAAGUGUAAGUAAAUGUCCUGGAAAAAUGUCCAACAGGAAUGCUGAAGAUCAUAAUAUAUCGAUGACAAUGUAGUUGCAAAUCAGUAUAUGGCUGGCACUGGUUGAUUCAUCACUGAAGGAGGAUUUCAUGCCACGAGAAGCUAGAUAUUUUGUGUUCGGAAGAUACAGAGGUUUGGUUUGAUUUGCUGUACAUAAGUUGCGGAUGAGGUAUAGUGAUGAACCAGCUUAUGUUUAUAUGCUUCUAAUAAUAUGUAAAUUUUCUCUCAUACUUCUCAACCUGGUUGGAUCAAAUUAAGUGUAGGCAAAAGGCCCUACUUUGCCCUUCAACUUUUUGGGCAUGAGGGAUUUUACCCCUUAUCGUACAAUUUAUGAGUUUUUGCCCUCCAAUCUUUCAAGUUUAAGAUGGUUAAGGCAUUUACUGUCACAUGAUCAAGUGCAGUAUGUGACCGUUAGUCCUUAGUUACCCAAACCAUGUUAGCACAACAUGAGCACCC